AUGGCAACAGGAAAGGAUAGUCGGCUGACGUCCACAUUAUCGCCUGAAGAUAUCGCUUUGGAAAUUGCCUCCCCAGAAGAGCAGCAGAAAGUAACAGCUCAAAAAUUCGAUGGCGGUUUAGAAACUCGAAGCAAUGACUGGGAUUUCGGAUCCUCCGAUUGUGGUGUCUACAGCGUGGAAUCUUUCGAAACUGACCCGUGGAAUGGAAUACGAAUGAAUAUAAACGAGACUUCCGAGGACCAUUCUAUCAUUGCUGGAAACGAUCUACAGAGCUCAUCUGUACGUGGUAGUGACAACUGGCUGAUGCCAACGCAGAAAGAUGUCAAAGAGAGAGGCUUCGAUAUCGGUUCGAAAGACAUGGGAGAAAGUUCAUACGUCCCACUUGACCCAAAUCUCAUUCCCUCGGAUGAAAAUUUAGUUCAGAGCUAUUCUCUCUCAGAAUUGUUGCAAGAGAUUUCAAGGGUGAACAUAGCCAUCGAAAAGCAGCGACAUCGACUCGCCGAAAUGAGCACUGACCAAUUUACUCGGCAAAAUAGGAGCAUCAACAACACUCCAAUUGACAGAAAUUCGGGUCAUCUAUUUCUCAAAUCUCAACAAUUGUUAAUAUUUCCAAUCGAUGAGGUACUCAAGAUUUCUUACCGUCUGGUUCGUAUAAUACAAGAUAUUACGUCUUUGAUCUCUAUACAGGAAAGAGACAAUUUGAUCUCGACCGAACCUUUAGCUGUUCUAGAUGACGCAGCGGUCCUACUCAUCCUAGCUUGCUACCUCAACUUGUUAAAGAUGUUCGACAAAUUCUUCUCUGAUACUUCAGCCAGCCCAGGGAGUCCUGAUCCUAAGUUUACCCUUCCCUUGACAAAGGUUGGGGAGUUCGUAGUGCCAAGGACUAUGACAAGCCGGAGCGAACGCUCACUGAUUUACGAGACGGCGCAGGCCACUCAUUCUCUGUUAAGCAGUACGAUAGAAGUUGUUCGUAACACUUUGAAGACCCAGAAAAGUGGUGAAGGGAUGCGCUUAGGGAACACUAUGCUCGAGCUCCUAAGGUUUGAGGAGAAGGCGUUGACUGAACGUAUGACGGAGACAAUUCAAGACUCCCUAUUGGAUGCAAGGGGAGUAGUAAACUAA